AUGCAGCUGAGCUUCGUGAACGCUUUGCUGCGUCCAAGAGUCCAUCUUGGCUUACAAGCUUCGCGCACAUUUUUAACUGUUCCAGUCAACUUCUCCAGAAGGACAGUGCCCAAGUCAUGCCUUGCUGCUGAAGUCACAAGUUCACCUCUCUGUAACUCAUGGCUCUACCGGAGGUGUUAUUCAGUGGUCGCGCAGCGAAAGCCAGCUGUUCUUCAUUCCCUUGAGCCUCGAUUCUUCUCUGCGAACGCCUUUCAUGGUGCUGCACAGACAUCACAAUUACCUAUACUUGCUCCACCAGCGGUCGGGCGCUGGCUCUUAUUCUCAUCAGCAAUGGUUUUCGCGGUGAUAGUGGUGGGAGGAGUAACGCGUCUCACCGAAUCAGGGUUGAGCAUCACAGAAUGGAAGCCCAUCACGGGCAUUAUUCCACCUAUGAAUGUGGAGGAUUGGAGCGUUGAAUUUGAGAAGUACAAGGCUACCCCUGAAUUUAAACUUCUCAAUCACUCCAUUACCCUUGAUGAAUUCAAGAACAUUUUUUACAUGGAAUGGGGUCACCGUGUACUUGGGCGCCUUAUUGGAAUUGCAUUUGUGGUCCCUCUGGCUUACUUUGGUCUCCGGAAGAAGCUCACUGCCUCGAUGCCUAUGCAACUGACGGGCAUGGCACUGCUUAUCGGUUUUCAGGGUUUCCUUGGAUGGUAUAUGGUGAAAUCAGGCUUGGAAGACUCCAUCAUGGACACGCCAGGCGCAGUACCCCGCGUCUCUCAGUACCGUCUAGCGGCUCAUCUUGGAACGGCCGUGGUGCUAUACGCAGGGAUGCUUGGAACUGGGCUAGCGGCGAUUAAAGAUUGGAGAUACGCCAGAGGUGGCUCGUGGAGCGGGUCCAGUACUAUGAAUUGGCAGAACGUGCUUUCGAAUCCUGUUGUGAAGAGGUUCUCUCGAUUGUCCAAAGGGCUGAGUGCAUUGGUCUUCUUGACUGCAUUAUCAGGCGCGUUUGUUGCUGGGCUGGACGCCGGUCUGCUAUAUAACGAAUUUCCGCUCAUGGGUGGCCGACUUGCACCUCCCAUGGAUGAUUUAUUCUCGUCCGCCUAUGCAAAGAAUGCCGAUGGAUCUGAUAUGUGGUGGAGAAAUAUCUUUGAGAAUCCCACUACCGUUCAGUUCGAUCAUCGAGUUCUUGCGAUGACUACGUAUCUCAGCACUUGCAUGCUCUUCGCUUACAGUCGACGACCCGCCAUCCGUGCGCUGUUACCACCACUUGCUCGCAAAUCUGUCACGGCAGCCUUUGCCAUGGCAAAUGUACAAGUUCUUCUGGGUCUUGCAACACUGUUAUACCUUGUCCCUGUACCUAUUGCAGCUGCUCAUCAGGCAGGAAGCAUUGCUCUCCUGAGCACGAUGGUGCACUUACUAGUAUCUUUGCGUAGGCCAGGCUUAGCUGCACAGAUGUGGAGGAAAGCUGGGAUGCAGGCAAAGAGCUCUGGCCUGUAA